CGGAUAUCCGAAACCCGGAGAGAUUGAGCAGGAACCACGGCCAUCGCAGCUGAGCUUCGCUGUAAGCGAAAUGCCAACCUGAAGGAUCUACAACCCGGAAGACGGAGCGAAACUCACUUCCACGUAAACAAUGCAUCAGAGUCACAUCAUAAAAGUUUCCUUUGAAAAGACAUGGCCAAGAGCAAUGGUGGAAAUGACUGGCAAUAUCUCUCACAUUCGGUAAGUCCAUGAUCACGAGACACCUUUAGAUCUACUCGGAGGAAAUGAAGCAGGAUUCAAACGACCUACCCUUGCCCCAUGCAAAUCAGUGUACAGUGACUCACACGGCGACAGGUGCGUCAGUCCGGCAGGUACCCGGAAGAAGAGAGAAAAUAAACUGGAGCUUGUUCGAGUUACAGUGUGUGAACCCUUACUGAGACGAAUUCUAGCCCAGCUAUAGCCAUGGACCAGAGGAGCCUACAGGAAGAGUUUAAGGAUCAGUUUACAGACGUGGUGUCCAGACUGCAGUCUAAACAGCUGUUCCAGUCUGACUGGGACAUCGCCUCCUUCGCUGUCUUCUUCAUCUUCAUCGGCAUGGUUCUGCUGCUUGUUGUCCUGGUUCUGAUCCGCUGCUGUUGCUGCUGCUGCUGUGAUGAACAGCCGAGAAGACACAAAGUGGGUCAUGAAAACUUUGGAAUGGAGACCUGAAAGGAACUCGGAACAGAGUAGAAGAUUCCACAAUGACGACACUUAGAAAAUUGAUUAGUCCUUUUUAUAAUACAUUUUAUUCGAUGCACUUUAAAAUUUGCACUUUUAAUCUGUGUGCCAAACCAAGAGUUGUAUAACUUGUUUUCAUUCUGGUUCCAUCUAUUUACUUUUGACUGUUGGAAAAUGUUGCACUCCCUGAGGUAACCCGGUUUAGCCGCCGUCUAAUGGUGGAAUGUCAUUGGAGGUCAUAUGAAUCAGUUUGUUUACUUGUUCCCUGCACGGCUAGCGGUUGUUGCUAGGACGCCAGAAAGGAGAGGCAAGGUGAAAACAGUCACCGAGUGUCACAACCAGAAGAUUAAAGGGCUUUCACUAACGGUUCAUGAAAAAAACUAGGCACCAACUCUUUAUGUAGUGGAAUCAACGCUGUGUACUUUAAACUUAACUUCUUAAGUGUAUGUAAUGAGGAACGAUAGAUAAUGUAGUAGUAUUGAUUCAAUGACUUUAAUGUAGUUAAUUAUAUUAACAACAUAAUUCAAUGUUGAAACAGGUACAUUGUAUCAUUCAAAUGAUUAAAUAAUAUUUUGUAUUGAA